CCCUUCUGCUGACGUGCGGGGCGGAACUGCCAGGCGGACUCCGCGGGGCGGUGUGCUUCCGCGGACUGCGGGGUCGCUGGGGAUUCGUGGCGGCGCAACUCCGCGGGGCUUCGUCCGGUUCGCGCACCUCGCCGGGUUCUCCCGCGGCGCCCGGCCAGGCCCGCACUGCAGCCUGAGACCGGAGACAGGUGAAGAACUGAAUGACCGAAUGUCGUCAUGUCGGGAAUGAAGCGAACAAUCAAAGAAACUGAUCCUGACUAUGAAGAUCUAUCUGUGUCCCUUCCAAAUAAGCGGCAUAAAGCAAUUGAGAAUUCAGCUCGAGAUGCUGCCGUGCAGAAGAUUGAGACUAUUAUCAAGGAACAAUUUGCUCUUGAAAUAAAGAACAAAGAACAUGAAAUUGAAGUUAUUGACCAGCGACUGAUUGAAGCAAGGAGGAUGAUGGAUAAACUUCGUGCCUGCAUUGUAGCAAACUACUAUGCUUCUGCAGGUCUUCUAAAAGUUUCUGAAGGAUCAAAGACAUGUGAUACAAUGGUUUUUAAUCAUCCUGCUAUCAAGAAAUUUUUGGAAUCACCAUCUAGGUCAUCAUCUCCUGCCAACCAGAGAUCAGAAACACCAUCAGCCAAUCAUUCGGAAAGUGAUUCUUUAUCUCAACAUAAUGACUUCCUGUCUGACAAAGAUAAUAACAGCAAUGUGGAUGUGGAAGAAAGACUUUCAAAUAAUAUGGAGCAGAGACCAAGCAGAAAUAUUGGAAGGGAUGCUUCUAGUGUUUCUGGCUCCCAUAAAACAGAACAGAGGAAUGCUGAUCUCAUUGGAGAUGAGACUUCACGACUUUUUGUAAAGAAAACAAUAGUUGUGGGCAAUGUGUCCAAAUAUAUUCCUCCAGAUAAGAGGGAAGAAAAUGACCAGUCAACUCAUAAGUGGAUGGUGUAUGUCCGAGGGUCUCGUAGAGAACCUAGUAUUAAUCAUUUUGUCAAGAAAGUUUGGUUCUUUCUUCAUCCCAGCUAUAAACCGAAUGACCUUGUGGAAGUGAGAGAGCCUCCUUUCCAUCUGACCAGAAGAGGCUGGGGUGAGUUUCCUGUAAGAGUUCAAGUUCACUUUAAGGACAACCAGAACAAGCGGAUAGAUAUCAUACAUAAUCUGAAGCUGGAUCGAACUUAUACAGGCUUGCAGACUCUUGGAGCAGAGACGGUAGUAGAUGUGGAACUCCAUCGCCAUUCUCUUGGAGAAGACUACCUUUAUCCUCAACCCUUGGAGUCAGAUGUCUCAGAUGCCCCGCCAAAUUUGCCUUUGACCAUUCCAGCCCCAGUGAAAGCUUCUUCACCUAUAAUAAAGCAGUCACAUGAGCCAAUACCUGAUGUCUCUGUGGAGAAAGGAUUCCCAGCUAGCACUGAAGCUGAACGAAACAGUACGUUUUAUUCUUUACCAUCUUCAUUGGAAAGAACACCCACCAAAAUGACAACAUCCCAGAAAGUUACCUUUUGUUCUCAUGGCAAUUCAGCUUUCCAGCCAAUAGCAUCAAGCUGCAAAAUUGUGCCACAAAGUCAGGUUCCUAACCCUGAGUCACCUGGAAAAUCCUUUCAGCCCAUCACCAUGAGCUGCAAGAUCGUGUCAGGUUCCCCAAUAUCAACUCCAAGCCCAUCACCAUUGCCUCGAACCCCAACUUCCACUCCAGUCCAUUUGAAGCAAGGCACUGCCAGCUCCGUCAUUAGUAAUCCUUAUGUUAUCAUGGACAAGCCUGGGCAGGUUAUUGGAACUACUACUCCCGGUACAGGAAGCCCUACAAACAAGCUCUCUACAGCUUCUCAGGUCUCCCAGGGAACAGGAUCUCCUAUUCCUAAAAUUCAUGGAAGUAGUUUUGUAACAUCUAAUGUGAAGCAGGAAGAUUCUUUGUUUGCGUCUAUGCCACCACUUUGCCCAAUUGGGAGUCACCCUAAGGUUCAAAGCCCCAAGCCUAUAACUGGGGGACUUGGAGCUUUCACAAAAGUGAUCAUCAAACAGGAACCUGGUGAAGCCCCUCAUGUGCCCACAACAGGAGCUUCCAGCCAGUCACCGCUUCCUCAGUAUGUGACUGUGAAAGGGGGUCACAUGAUAGCUGUGUCUCCUCAAAAACAGGUUGUAACUGCUGGAGAAGGGACUACCCAGUCACCAAAGAUACAGCCCUCCAAGGUUGUUGGGGUGCCAGUUGGGUCUACUUUACCUUCAACAGUGAAACAAGCUGUGGCAAUCAGUGGUGGCCAGAUCCUUGUGGCCAAGGCCAGCUCUUCUGUCGCCAAAGCAGUUGGUCCAAAACAAGUUGUCACCCAAGGAGUUGCCAAAGCACUUGUGAGUGGAGGUGGAGGAACCAUUGUAGCUCAGCCGGUGCAGGCCCUAACCAAGGCUCAGGUCACUGCUGCUGGUCCUCAGAAGAGUGGAUCCCAGGGUUCAGUAAUGGCAACGCUGCAGCUACCAGCCACUAAUUUGGCCAACUUGGCAAAUUUGCCUCCUGGCACUAAACUCUACCUUACUACAAACAGCAAGAAUCCUUCAGGAAAAGGAAAACUGCUGCUGAUCCCUCAAGGAGCCAUCCUGCGAGCUACCAACAAUGCUAAUCUCCAGUCCAGCUCACCUGCCAGCGGUGGUAGUGGUGGCAGCGGUGGUGGUACAGGAGGAGGAGGUGGCGGCAGUAGCAGUGGCAGUGGUGGAAGUGGCAGUGGGGGAGGAGGUGGCGGAGGAACAGGAGGUGCUCACAGUGCCACUGGCCCUGGAGGGAUAUCCCAGCACCUGACUUACACAUCUUACAUCCUCAAGCAAACGCCCCAGGGCACAUUUUUAGUUGGCCAGCCAUCACCCCAGACUUCUGGAAAGCAACUAACUACUGGGUCAGUGGUCCAAGGAACCCUGGGAGUCAGCACAUCUUCUGCACAAGGACAACAAACACUAAAAGUCAUCUCUGGACAGAAGACCACAUUGUUUACACAGGCAGCCCAUGGGGGACAGGCAUCACUAAUGAAAAUAUCUGAUAGCACCUUGAAGUCUGUGCCAGCCACCUCACAACUUUCAAAACCUGGAACCACAAUGCUGAGAGUAGCAGGAGGGGUUAUCACAACUGCUACUUCCCCGGCUGUGGCCCUGUCAGCAAAUGGCUCUGUACAACAGUCUGAAGGAACAGCUUCAACUUCAUCAUCUGCUGGCAGUUCUGUAAUUAAAAGUUCUGGGCAGCAGCAAGUGUGUGUGAGCCAGGCCACCAUGGGAACCUGCAAACCUGCCACCUCUGCUGUCGUCAGUGCCACAUCCCUGGUGUCAACACCUAAUCCUGUCUCUGGGAAGGCCACGGUAUCGGGAUUGCUAAAGAUUCACUCUAGUCAGUCCAAUCCCCAGCAAGCUGUCCUGACAAUUCCCAGCCAGCUGAAACCACUCAGUGUGAACACAUCUGGAGGUGUGCAGACUAUACUGAUGCCUGUGAAUAAAGUGGUUCAGUCGUUUUCUACCAACAAACCACCUACCAUUGUGCCUGUAGCUGCUCCAACUCCAGUUGUCCCCAGCUCUGCUCCAGCAGCUGUUGCAAAAGUGAAGACUGAACCAGAAACACCUGGGCCAACCUGCCUCUCUCAGGAGGGUCAGACAGCAGUGAAAACAGAAGAAAGUUCUGAGCUGGGAAACUAUGUCAUUAAGAUAGAUCACUUAGAGACGAUCCAGCAACUCUUAACAGCAGUAGUAAAGAAGAUUCCUUUAAUCACAGAAAAAAGUGAAGAUGCCAGUUGCUUUUCUGCAAAGUCUGUGGAGCAGUAUUAUGGCUGGAACAUUGGGAAACGGAGAGCUGCUGAGUGGCAAAGAGCAAUGACAAUGCGCAAAGUCUUACAAGAAAUACUGGAGAAAAAUCCAAGAUUUCACCACCUGACCCCUCUUAAAACCAAGCACAUUGCUCAUUGGUGUCGCUGCCAUGGCUAUACCCCACCAGAUCCUGAGAGCCUGAGGAAUGACGGGGACUCCAUCGAGGAUGUACUGACCCAGAUCGACAGUGAGCUGGAGUGCCCAUCAUCAUUCUCCUCUGCUGACAAUCUCUGCCGAAAACUGGAGGACUUGCAGCAAUUCCAGAAAAGAGAACCAGAAAAUGAGGAGGAGGUGGACAUCCUCAACCUGUCAGAGCCGUUAAAGAUAAACAUCAAAAAAGAGCAAGAAGAGAAACAAGAAGAAACGAAAUUCUACCUGCCACCAACACCAGGAUCUGAAUUUAUUGGUGAUGUCACACAGAAGAUUGGGGUCACCUUGCAGCCAGUGGCACUCCACAAGAACGUGUACGCGUCGGUGGUGGAGGACAUGAUCCUGAAGGCUACGGAACAACUGGUGAAUGAUAUCCUGAGACAGGCUUUGGCAGUCGGUUACCAGGCAGCAUCCCAUAACAGGAUUCCCAAAGAAAUUACAGUGAGUAACAUUCACCAGGCCAUUUGCAACAUUCCUUUCCUGGACUUCCUCACAAACAAACACAUGGGGAUAUUGAAUGAGGAUCAGUGAACAGAAUGAAGCUGCCCCCAGGAAUUCAGGACCUGAGGUGUAUCCAAAGCAUGUGACCUGUGAUGACGACUCUUCUCUUGGGGAAGGCGGUUGUUUUCUUUGUGCCUCAGAAUAUCGUGGCUACCAAACUGUUGCCUCUGCCAAAUUCUGUAACACCAGAGUGCUCAGUUCCAGAUGAAAGUCUUUUAAGUCAGAAGUUUGUUUCCUGAUUCUGCAGUGAAGCUGUGACUGGAUACGUCCUCUGUCAGUUACAUGUCUUUGUCUCUGUAAAGUCUCCAUAAGCAGGGGGAUCUCAAAGCUGGGCCAGACCAUGCAUAUCAGGCCCUUUUCUCCUUAGUGUACUCAAUGGGGCACACCAGGCCUGACUCCCCAGGAGGUAGAAAAUGAGUUUGGCCUGUUAGAGAUUUCACUCUUUCAGUGGAAGUGGGUAAUGGAAGCUCCAGCCAUUACCCUGAAGAAGGAUUGGGCUCCAGCACUCAGCAAGUGGCUCUCUGCUCCUGCUUGGCCUUGGUGCAGAGGGUCUGCACUCUUAGCCAAAGCGAGUCAGCUGUGGGGAGAGGUAAUGCCACACAAGGGACCUCAGAGGCCUGGGAAGCUGCAGACUGAGCAGAAUUCGCAUUUCAUGGAGCACAGGAGCAUCACUACAACCAGUGUCAAAACGUCAGGGGAGAGAUUCCAGUGUAGGUCAGGAAAAGGCUUGACUGUAACAGAAGAAACCCUUGAUAUGUUCAUCAUACACAGCAACCAUAAGUCCCCAACACUUGGUAAAAUUGUCCCAGCCUCACCUGUGUGUGCCAGGCAAUAGCUGGUUCUGCAGGAGCUUCUGCUGCUGAGUCCCUGUUGAGUGGCCAUGGAAAUAGCCCCCAAGCAGGCUCUGCUGGGAUCAUUUGCUCUACCAGAGGAUUUAGUAUCCUGUUCUUCUCUGCCCAGGAAUUCUUCCCAAGAAGAAAAGUAUACAAAGGAAACACCUGUGAGUGCCUUAAAGUUGGAGAAGUAACUGCUCAAGCCCAGAAACAGGGCUGCCAGUGCCCAGAAGCAGUGAGAAAGCCCCUCGAUGGAGGGGCAGCUGAGAUUAGCAGUGCCAUUACAUGGUGUCCAGGUCCGUUGGAGCUACUCUGUCCUAGGCUUCCAGCUUGGUCUAUGUGGAAGGUGAAAUGACGAACUUUUUCUCAGUUUGAAAUCUUCUCUUACUUUGCUCAAAGAAAAUUUGAAAACUGUAAGUGAGAGUCAGAGAAACUUGUCCAAACAACGUAAUUCUUGUUUUAUGUGUCCCAUUGAUGUUUGAGUCAGGAAAAUAAGGCCAGGGAGGUAACUAGAUAAAAUCUACCUUUUCAAUUUAGCAUCUGAGGGCUGAAAAUCUAGAGGAAUCUAUUCUCAGGAGGGCACAGGGCCUGCCCUGGCUUAAUGCAAUAGUUGAGAAUGUGAGGCUCUAAUAUAUACAUAUAUUUUAGAGACAGAGUCUCAGUUUGUCACCCUCGGUAGAGUGCUAUGCAUCACAGCUCACAGCAGCCUCCAGCUCUUAGGCUUAGGUGAUUCUCUUGCCUCAGCCUCUUCCGUAGCUGGGACUACAGGCACCUGCCACAGUGCCUGGCUAUUUUUUGGUUGUAGUUGUCAUUGUUGUUUGGCAGGCCUGGACUGGAUUCGAACCCACCAGCUCCGAUGUAUGAGGCUGGCAUCUUAGCCGCUUGAGCUACAGGCGCCAAACCAUGAGGCUGUAACAUUCUAUACAUGAACCACUACACACCAGAUUGUUAGGCAAGUGUACAGAUGGCGUCCAACCAGAGGAUGUAGAUCUACAGGGUGGAAGAUUUGGUCCAUAUAAGAACAGAAUUUGUUCAUUACAGGUAGAAAAGUCUAAAGAAAUUAUCUUUUUGUAAAAGAAAUAUUAAAUGAUUUAACAGUCUCCGUAUGUGUUACUGUUUCAAAUGUGUUUGUAUCGUAAUGUAACAAAAAUGUCUACAAUAAAUCUUUUAGUAUUU